AUGUCUGAAGAGUCAGGUUCAGAUAAAGCUACCCAAGCCUGCUUAUUUUUCAUAUAUGGUGCCACGAGUAAGUACAACGAUGAUGGCCAGAUAGAUGAUUUUCUGCAAUCAAUUCAGAAAAUACGGGAUGAAAUUCUUCGCAAGGAAAGCAUACUUCAAGAACGAAGUGCUCAGUGUGAUAUGGACAUCCAGACACUCUUGAGUGAAGGAAAGAUGACACCCAAAGCUGUAUCAAUAAUAAGAAAAUACAAGGAAACUUGCUCAGAUAUGACAGAAGUUACCAAUUCAUCUUGCUCUGGAGAUGGUGGCCAAUCUAUCACUAAGAGGAAGAAAUUGAAGGUGGCACUCCUCCGACAAUGCAAGGAGCUUGAUGAGAUCUGUCGUGGGGCCCAUUGGAUACUCCCAAGAUACACAGUAUUACCUUCAGUAUCAGAUGGAAUGUAUCACGCCAGUGUACGUUUGAGAUGCCCUGAUUUUGAGAUGAGCCUCACUGGUGGUCUUCGUCCUACCCCACAUGAGGCGAAGUGCUCGGCAGCUGCCAAUAUGAUACUGGAGCUUCACAAGAAGGCGGAAGAGCAAGAACAGGAGGUUGCGCUGGCUAUUUUAUUAUGGGACCCACACCGACGUGUACCGCGGGGCCAUCGAGGCCCGCGCGUGCUCGACAUUGGCAACGGCUUUAUGGCAAGCGGUGGCGUGUUCGACGAGGCCGCCACGGCCAUCCGCGACGUCUCCUGUGCGUGGAGGUGA